AUGAGCCCUCCUGCCACACCGGGCCUCCUCCACUGGCUCAUCCCUCCGCCGCCGUCCCCAGACACCGGGACCCCUGCCGGCAUCCCCCACCUGCCUUCCCCGCCUUUACACGUCAAUGGUGACCCGAGCCCAGGAUUCACUGAAUGUCAUGCUGUUGCCUGCAAAGCUCAGCGCAUCCGUGGGGUCUGUGAACUUGGCCCUCCGCUCUGUAGUGUGGACCUUCCACCGCGGCACAGACCCCCUCCGCCCACUUCUGUUGUUUGCACAUCCUUUUCUUUCCCUACUGUAUAUAGAUAUUUUUGA